AUGGUGGCCACAAAGAAGAUGAAAAAGUCACUUGAAUCUAUCAACUCUAGACUUCAGCUUGUUAUGAAAAGUGGGAAGUACGUGCUGGGAUACAAACAGAUCAGACAGGGCAAAGGGAAGUUGGUUAUCCUCGCCAACAACUGCCCAGCUUUGAGAAAAUCUGAAAUAGAAUACUAUGCCAUGUUGGCUAAAACUGGUGUCCAUCACUACAGUGGCAAUGACAUUGAAUUGGGCACAGCAUGUGUAAAAUACUACAAGGUAUGCACAUUGGCUAUCGUUGACCCAGGUGACUCUGAUAAUAUUAGAAGCAUGCCAGAACAGACUGAUGAGAAGCAGUAA